CACUGAACAUCCAUUCAGGCGCCAUGGCUUUUCUAGGCUAUCCUGGGAACUGUAGUUGUAUAUCCUACAGAACUCACUGUUAUUUCCCAGUGACUGCUUCUGUUGCUCUUUGCUCCAGCGAUGUAAGCCCUACGUUUGGGCUCAGCCUACCCAGUAGCUACCACGGGAAUCUCUGGCUGCUGGAUAACUGCCAGGAAACUUGUGGGGAAGUACCAAGCUGUGACUCUCCCAGUUCUGAGCCCAAGACCUGCACCACAAGUUGUGACCGACCAAACUCCUCUGUGCCCUGCAACUCUCCAACAGGGGGCCAAACCUGCAGUGCCCGUGAAACGACCAACGUCGGAGACAGCCCCAGCUGCAAUCCGUGCCCUCAAACCAAGGGGUAUGUAUCUGAUGGCUGCACCCCCAGCCCAUGUGCAUCCAAAGCUUGCCAGACCCUUGGCAGUGGCUUCAAACGCUUUGGGCAACUUACCUGCUUAUCCGAGAGCUUCCAGCCCCUAAGCCACUAUAGACUGGGCAGUUUUGGGUACAGAGGCUCCCAAAAUCUUGGCUUCAUACCCAGUGGCUUCUCACCAUCAAGGUAUAUCACCAACAGCUGCCAACGCCAAAAUUAUUUAAUAAGAAAUUGCCAACGUCCAUACAAUUGGCACAGGGGAUGCCCCCCACUGAGCUAUUUUCCAAGAAACUUCCGGUCUCUGAGCUCUAUACCGAGUUCAUUCCCUCCUCUGAGGUAUCUAUAUGGUGGUUAUAGACCUCUGAAUUGCUACCGAUCAACUUAUUGCAAUUAUAGCUGCUAGAAAUUGUCCCAAGGUGGAGGUGCCACCCUCUUUAAUAUUCCGCUGAUUACUUCAUGCAUCCCAAGAAUCAUAUUCCUUUAACCUCAGAUAUAACUCCAGGACUUUUUCACCACAACCAGUACCCCCUGAUAGCUUUUUUUCUGUUGCUUUCUUAAUGUCCUUUGUGUUGAAAGCUGACCCUGAAGGUAGUGUUACUGUUUCUGAGAUUGAAUAUGCCGGACACUCUGAAAAGAUUCCAUAUGAAAUGCAGGGCAGUAUGGCUUUCUAAUUUGGGCUGUCACCGUUGCUUGUCUGCCAGUGAGACUGUCUGUGACCUUUCCUGCUGAAGUGGAGUCUCCUUGGUUUGACUGGUGGUUCCAGCACUUUCUUUCAAGAUCGUUUUGCUUUUUUAUCAGUAGUUUUGCUGCUUGCCUACCUAGCAUCUUUCUAAUAAGCUAUAAGGCAACAUCAUCUUGGGGCUUCUCAAGUGGCUUGGUGGUAAAGAUCCUGUCUGCCAAUGCAGGAGAUGUGAGUUUGAUCCCUGAGUUGGGAAAAUUCCAUGGAGAAGGAAAUGGCAACCCAUUACAGUAUUCCUGCCUGGAAAAUCCCAUGGACAGAGGAGUCUGGUGGGCUACAGAAUCAUCGAAAGAAUCGGACAAGAUUUAGCGACUAUACAGCACCAUUGUAAACAUUCAGAGUUGAGCUAUUUCAUCCUUCCUCCUACUGCCUGAAUAUAAGAAUGUGCAAGCAGCAAUGUCCAACUAGACUUCAAAAUCAGAAGAUCUUCAGCAAAUCUUCGCUUCCAAAGAAGCUGGAACACAAAGGAUCGACGCAGUCAGUUUUUGUUCUCAGCGCUAGAAGAGAAACUCAGAGGUAGCAGAAACACAAACAUUGCUUAUUGGAAAAAUAACAAAAUAUUCUAUAGAUGCUUCAUGAGUAGUAAUAAUCUAUGUUCAUGAUUCUAAAAUUCUCUCCUGUUGAUUUUUUGCUUUCUGAUUGCCAGAACAGUUCUGGUACAUAGUUAGGCAACAAAUUUCUAUUAGAAAAUAAUGAUUUUCAUUUUGCUUUAUUUCAUAUUCACUAAGGUUUUAUCAGUGUUCUGGGCAAUACACAUGGUAUUUUUGAAGCACUAGUUUCCUGCUAUUUAGUUUCUAGCCUAAUUAAAAAUAUAAAGAAGAUGGACUAUAAGUUCCCAGGACUUUUGAUUGUUUUGUAUUGUUUUAUUUUAAAUAUAUUAAGUGGUAUUUCUCUUAGAGUGUCUGUUAUUGAUAGUUACAUAGGGAAGUUUGUGGAGAUAUUGUAAAAUAAAUCAAUUUUAAUAAAACUACAUAAAAUAUUAAACAUUUGUAUAUUUACCUGCAAA